CUCCCGUGAGAAUAUUGAGCCAUUCCUCUUGGUCGCAGAUCAAGAAAUCAUCAUUCAAUUUAACAUCACUUCCGGAUCAAAGGUCACACUGCCACUAGUAUGUGUACAUAUUGGACGGCCCCACGCCCUGGACUACGAUCCGCUCACCGACUACGUGUACUGGUCAGAUUGGAAAAACGCCAACAUCAAACGGGCUCGUCGUGAUGGGAGUGGCAUGGAGACCAUCAUAGAUACCGGAAUUUAUACUGCCUGGGGCCUGGCAUUGGACCACGCUGGGGGGAAUAUCUUCUGGUCUGUCUCUGGCACAGGGGCUAUAUCUGUAGCAAAGAAGGACGGAUCGUCCGCUAGGACACUUCUGACGUCACCAGACAUCAUAGAUACCGGGGAUGUGGUCCUGGACCCCAGGAAUGAACUCGUGUACUGGGUGGACAGUUCUAAAGGCAAGAUUGAUCGAGCUGCGAUGGACGGCAGUGGCCAAACCACCAUCAUCACGGGUCUGCGUAAUCCCGGCUUCAUUACAAUAGACUUCAAAGAGGAUCGGCUGUACUACCGUAAUCACAGUUACGGCGUCUACAGUUCAGACCUGCUGGGCAAGGAUAUCCGACAAGUGCUGUAUGAAGACGGGAAGUGGGUUUUUGGAAUCGCGGUUGAUGAAGACGUCGUCUACUGGUCUUCCGUCUGGCAGGACUCAUCAUCAUCCUGGCAGGCAAAAAUCGGAAAGCUUUCCAAGUCCGACCUGACCAAGACUGUGCUGGUGGAUGGCCUGGUUUACCCAAAUGGCAUCUACCUGUCGACGGCAGCGCCUCCUGGCGUAACCAAUGUGCGUCCAUAGUCGACAGGUGAAACUCUCACCGCUACUGUACAACGACUGCACAAGUAAUCAACCAGUGAAACCUGAAAUCUGGAUUAUAACAAUAAAAGCUAGAGUCAAUUCCACAUUACCAAGAGGAUUGUUCUAGCAUUUUGGAAACCUUUAUUACAAACUGUUACAACAAGUAACUGUUCAAAGCUACUUAUAACAGCUGUUUGACGUUCUAAAUCUUUUCAAAAAUCAUUUCUAAAAUGUUAUACAUUAUUUCUGUUUGUUUCGAAACUGUUCAAACGUAGAUUCAUCACUUGUUGUAACAUGUUCAAACAUUGAUAUAAUUAAUAAUUUGUAACUGGCACAGUGUGCUGACAAAAGAAAAAUUCACACAUCCCUGCCAAGUACAGGAAUUUUUGUUGUCACAGCUUAGCACAAACGAGCCACCAGUGCCUCUACUAAAGGAAAUAGAAGUUCCAAACAGAAGACCCAGCUUAGCAGCUUUGUUUAUGGGUGCCAUAAAAGUAUUCAUAGAACGUUCUGAAUUCCAUAAAAUCCGUAUAUUUCUUAGUAGUUUGUCACAUGCAUUUUAUAAAAUCCGUGGGUCUAUGUCUACUACUAGUCGCAUGAACUCAUUAUGCCAACACUCCAGAAAGGGGAAAUCAGCUAAUUUGGGCGCAUCAAGUGUGUUGCCUGUUUCUUGCACGUUUCGUACAAACACUGUUUAUAAAAUAGACAGACUUCCUUAUAUUGUAGUAAACGGAAGAAAAAAAGCUGUACUGUUCGUAUUUAUUGAUGAACUGUUGGUAAAUGUUGAUGGAAUGUCCUUUGUAACAAGCCUGAACCAAUUUAUAGAGAUUUUCUUGCUGUUAUCCAAAGCUUGUUAACUGUGCUCAUUUGAGCCUGGACCACUAAAGAAGCCAGAGUGGUGAAACCAGUCUGUGUAAAAGACUGAAUAAAAGUUUAAACCGGGAACUUUGCGUCUUCGGCUGUCUUUCUGAGGGGCGAAUGCGGUUGGAAAAAUGUCGGUUAGCCUGAGGAUCAGUCCGUUGCAUAUGUACAGUUUGGGAAACUGCCGACUAAAACCACAUGAGGCAUUAACGUGCGGCGCUUAUAAUGUGUUUGCGGUUGAGCUGAGUGUGAGUUAUGCUGGCAGAUUUGCAU